CCGUACACAGACAGCAUGUCAUACAACCACCACAUUUCUCUCCCCGAAACCACAAAGAGCCAAUUUGCGAUGCACCUUUGCUACCUUGAUCCUCGCCGCUUGCAUAAUCCUACCAGCUCAAUCCGCAAAGGAAGACCUCACCACGUUCCACUGGUGUCCUCUAACGAAACUGGAACACUGUUCGCUAUACCAAAGCCAACCGACUGCGAGGUUAGCCCCGAGAAGUUACCCAUGGAGGCAAUAAUUACGUUAUACACAAGAAACCUCAGAGAAGCCGAAGCAUUCUCCUGCUUCAAUGUCUCCAGAGAAGUCUGUACAAAGACAUUCCUGCUAAUCUCCCUAGCCGUGACUAAAGAUGAAACUACAAAAGCACCAAUAAGCAGCGUCGUCUGUCAGCAACUUAUCAGCAAUAAACAUUGGGGAAGUAUAACUUUAGAAAAAAUAACUAAUGACUCUUGGUCCAGUAAGCAUCCAGUUCAAUACUCAUACGCUUGGAUGGGCUCAUCCUGCCAUACCACCUCUAAUCUCCACCUACAAGCAGGAACGGCUGCCACAAUAGACGACAAGCACGUCAUAACGACACUUGGUGACGCUAGAGGCUGCCGCCCGUCAUUAGGUACGUGCCGUCUACGUGACAGCUUGUUGGUAUGGAAUACUCACAGAAUGGAACAACAAUGCGAAUAUGAGAAAGAUGGACAAUACGAAGCACAAGUACUCAACGAUAAGAUCUUCGUAAACUCACUACAAACCGUCUUCACAUUUAAAGUAGACCAAGAACCAACUAAACGCGUUCAAAAAGAUUGUAAAUUGACAGACGCCUGGGGUAUGUUAGGAGGUGACAUAAAAACCAUAGACUCUAGAACCUUAAAAAACAGUUCCCUACCUCCACUAAACCGCACUAUGCUAUAA